AUGAUUGGUGGAGGAACCAAGAAAUCCAGUAUAAAUAAACUCAUAGAUACACUACUUAAUUAAGGGGUCAUCAGAUCUCACAAAGUAAGCCAAGUCAUGCGCAAGGUUGACAGAGCUGAUUUUUGCCCAGGUCAUUACUGCUACGAGGAUUCACCUCAGCCCAUUAAUUACAAUGCUACUAUUUCCGCUCCUCACAUGCAUGCUUAUGUCUUGGAAUGGCUAAAAGAUGUAUUGGUGCCUGGUGGGAACGCAUUAGACGUAGGCAGUGGCAGUGGAUACCUCUGCGCUGCUUUUUAUGAGAUGAUGGAUAAUUAAGGCUAUGUUGUUGGCAUAGAUCACAUUGAUGGUUUAGUCCAUUAAUCAGUCCUGAAUCUUAAAAAGAGCUAUUAGAAGGAAUUAGAUGAAUAAAGGAUUGUAAUGUUAACUGGAGAUGGCCGCUUAGGCUGUCCUGAAUAUGCUCCAUACAAUGCUAUUCAUGUUGGUGCUGCUUCACCUGAGAUUCCUUAAGCACUGAUAGAGCAACUUGCCCCAGGAGGCAAAAUGAUUAUACCAGUGGGGCCACCUGACAAUUAGCACAUUGUCCUUGCAUCUAAAGAUAACUAUGGUAAAGUGCAUGCUAAUAAAUUGAUUGGAGUGAGAUAUAUUCCCCUUACAAGCAAAGAAAAGCAAUGUCCUGAUUUAUAAAUCCCUGAGUACUACUAGAAUCAGUGA